AUGCUCAUCUCGGGCCUGGGGGUGGGAGACGCGUGGGCCCGGGGCCUCCCAGAGGAAGUGACCUCCGGGAGGGACCUGGAGCUGCAAGAACAGUCAAGGACCCGCAUCCCAGAUCCAGGGAGCAGCAGCGCUGCGCCAGCUUAUACUUCUCCAGAAGAAAUGGAUCAUCUACCACGGAACACGGCCAGAGCCCGAGACAGGGGGCACGAUGACCCUCUAAACGAUGCCCGUGAAACCCACCAACAGGCCAGGCGCAUCCUCACCCAACAGAAUUCAACGUGUGAAAAGCUGGAUACAGAGCAGUACAGACAGAAUGAACUGUGA